CCUCAUAACCGGUACCAAAUAGUUUUUCAUGAAAAGUUCCUAAUUUUGAGAAAACCAGCGUUAGAUGUCUUUCGCCAUACAAAUUUCUGGCGGUUAACUCUUGCUGGCUAUUUUGCGCAUAUACUAUAGCGCCUGGAUGUGGCUGCGGCGGGUAGAAAAUCAGCCACUGCCAAUAAUUCAUUAUUACAGAACAGUCAACCAACCCAAGAUGAUGCACUGGUUCAGUCCGACGUUCAGCCGGAAUUCAGCGGAAUCGCAACUGCGAAGAAUGGUGCUGCAACGUGUAGCGAUGGAGAUCCGGCAACACAUCAGGAAGCCUUGUCUCGGGAGGAUGCAGCUCUUUGGAAGAAAGCGAUGCGUGACGAAUAUGAGGCGCUGAUUGCUAACGACACCUGGACUUUAACCGAACUGCCACCUGGCCGAAAACCGAUCAAAUGCAAGUGGGUCUAUAAGACUAAGUACGACGCGAAUGGCAACGUUGAUAGGCACAAGGCGCGUCUAGUUGUAAAAGGUUUUUCGCAGCGAAAGGGGGUGGAUUACGACGAGACCUAUUCACCCAUGGUUCGUCACAGUUCCCUGCGAUACCUUUUUGCCUUGUCUGCCAAGCAUGGGUUUUACAUCGACCAGAUGGAUGCGACCACCGCAUUCCUCCAAGGAGAAUUGACGGAGGAGAUUUAUAUGGAACAGCCGUCUUGUUUUGAAAGAUCGACCAAACGAAACCUGGUAUGCCGCCUGAAUAAAGCCCUCUACGGAUUAAAACAGUCCAGCCGUGUUUGGAAUGCCAAGCUAAAUGCAGCCCUGCAAAGUUUCGGUUUGAUUCGUUCCAAAUAUGACUCAUGCCUCUAUUAUCGGAUCGACGGGAAACAAACGCUUUUUGUCGCGAUUUACGUCGAUGACGUAAUUAUUUUCUCCAGCGACGAGGAGCUCACGAAGGAAAUCAAAGCGAAGCUGAAUAAAACUUUCCGGAUGAAGGACUUAGGAAAGGCAAGCAGCUGUUUGGGAAUCCGGAUUAAUCGUGAGAAGAGCGCUGUGGCUUUAGACCAGGAGGCGUAUAUCGAGUCGAUACUUGCUCGAUUCAACAUGCAAAGUUGCAAAAGUGUUUCUACUCCGAUGAACCCAAGUGUGAAGUUGACCAAGACUAUGACCCCGCAAUCAGCAGAUGACUUUGACAAGAUGAAAAGGGUACCUUAUCAAGAAGCCGUGGGCAGUCUUAUGUAUCUUGCCCAGUGUACUAGACCCGACAUUCUAUUUGCUGUCAACCAACUGAGCCGCUACAACACGAACCCUGAACCGAUUCAUUGGGAUGCGGUGAAACAUUUGCUGCGAUACCUGCGUGGCACGUCGAAGUUCAAGCUUCGCUACAUGAAGCUAGGAGAUCCCGAGUUGAAAGGCUAUUCCGAUGCUAGCUGGGCUUCUGACCUGGACGACAGGAAGUCUACGACCGGCUAUAUCUUCAUGCUCCAGGGUGGUGCAGUGUCUUGGUGCUGCAAAAGACAACCGACAGUCGCACUGUCAACUUGCGAGGCAGAAUACAUGGCCUUGUCUCCUACGGUCCAAGAAGCCAUGUGGUGGCGUGGACUAAUGUCACAGAUUGGAUUGAAACAAACAGUCGAACUUCGUUGUGACAACCAGAGUGCCAUUUGUAUCGCCAAAAAUGGUGGAUAUACUCCUCGCACCAAACACAUAGACAUUCGGCAUCACUUUAUUAGGGAUGCGCUGAACCAGAAUGCUGUAAGACUCAACUACGUCAGUACCGAUCAACAAGUUGCUGAUGGUUUAACAAAACCGCUUGAUCGUAUCAAGCUGGAGCGGAACCGGGCAGCUAUGGGGAUAAACGCAUCACCUUAAGGGGUGCUCAUGCCAUAACUGAUGACGUCUCACUGAAGGACACUGCUAAAGCAGCUGAGUUUUUUCGAUCGGAUGGAAUUGUGCUAACAGGAACAUCGACAGGAUGUGAAACUAACGUAGACGAUCUCAAGGAC